GGGGGCGGUGGUCGGGCCGCGCAGGCGGAGAUGGAAUGGGGCCCGGGCUCAGACUGGUCACGGGGGGAGGCUGCCGGCGUGGACCGUGGGAAGGCGGGGCUGGGGCUCGGCGGGAGGCCACCCCCGCAGCCGCCCCGGGAUGAGCGCGCCCAGCAGCUGCUGGAUGCGGUGGAGCAGCGGCAGCGGCAGCUCCUGGACACCAUCGCCGCCUGCGAGGAGAUGCUGCGGCAGCUGGGCCGCCGGCGCCCGGAGCCGGCUGGUGGCGGGAACGUCUCAGCCAAACCUGGAGCACCCUCCCAGACAGCUGUCUCCGCCAGAGGUGGCUUUCCAAAGGAUGCUGGCGAUGGAGCUACGGAGCCCUGACCAUCCCCGAGCCGGGCGCCCUGACUUCUCUCCCUCCCCAGGGCUGGUGGCUGGACUGUGAACAACUCCCUUUCAGUAAAGGGGCCAGUCUUCACUGGCAGUGGCUGGUACUUGGCUCUCAGCCUGGGUGGCAGCUCUGCUAGCAGCUGGGUUCACUCCCACUUCAU